GGGUUCAUGAUUCGGGGAAACCUUUUUUACCUGUUCAUUUCGAUUCCCUUCAUUCCAUAUUGUGUUUGGCGUCGCGUGAAGUGAGGUAUUUUUCAAGUCAGCUUACAUAGAGUCGUAAUAAGGAUUGAGACACCUGCGUACAGUUAAACAAAGUAGUGUUCUUGGUAGUCGAGGAAGACCAUUCCACUGUCAGAAAACAGAAAGACGAAAACAUGUCGAUGACAUUUGUGUCUGGACGGCAGCGUCCAGAACCAAGUCAACAAACAGUUCAAUCGCUUCUGGAUGAAAAUUCCCAGCUUAUUCAGGCUAUUGUGGACUACCAAAGUAAAGGAAAGGCUUAUGAAUGCACACAAUAUCAACAGCUGUUGCAUCGUAAUCUAGUGUACCUAGCCACACUGGCCGAUUCCACCCAAAGCAUGCAGAACACCAUUCCUGCUCCUGGCUCACAAAGUGGUCCCAGUAUGAAGACACCUCCAACAUCAGUGACGCCACCUUCUGGGUCUGGCAUGCUUCAGCCAGGGCUACCUGACAUGACAUCAAACUCAGGCUCAUCUACAGACAUGAUGCCAAGUGCACCAGGAUUGACAGCUGGAAUGCCUUCUGGAAUGAACGAUCCUUUGAAAUCCAACAUGCCUCCACAACUUGGAGGAAUGAGUGGUCCUAGCACAGCUGGGUACGGUGCUAGCUCAGUUGGUGGGAUGGGACAGUCAACGUCGUCACCUCCACAACUGCAGCAUCCACCAAUGACAGCACAGAGCCACAUGGGCUACCCAGGUAACCCUUCUCAAAGCCAACCAGGCCGAUCCGUUGCGCCGCCCACAAUGUCAGGACCAAUGGGGAAUUUACCACCUCAGGUGCCUAUUCAGUCUCAUGCACCACCCAUGGGCCAACACAUGAUGUCGCAGAAUCAACAACAAUCUCAGCAAUACAUGAUGCAGCAGAGACAGAUGCAGUUCAGACAAGGAGCACCUCAGCAGAUGCCUCAACAACAGCAGUCAUUGUCACACAGUCACCCUGGAUAUGGGCCACCUACCUCAGGAGGAAUGCCAUCAGGAGGCAUGAUGGCAGGCUACCCCUCACAACAACAAACACAAAGAUACAAUCCUUACCGACAGCCACCUCAGCAACAAGGCUUAUCACACAUGCCCUACCCAACACAACAACAGCCAUCUCCAAUGCAAGGGCAGUCAGUUAUGGGACAACAACCAUCGCUGGGUCAAGCACCAGUUGGACAGUCACCCAUGCAGCAACCACCCCUUGUGUGACUGACAUAAUCAGUUGCAAGAUUGUGUGACAUGAUUUGUUAUAAGUUUGUGACAUGACUUGUGGCAAGGUUGUGUGACAAUGCAAUGUGAUUUUGUGGUAAGGUUGUGUUGCAUUAGUUGACAGGAUUGUGACAUUUGUGAUGAGCUUGUGUGACACGUAUUGCUACAUGAUUGAGUGACACGAUUAGUGCCGAGAUUGUGUGACAGUCACUCACAUAAUUUGUCAAGAUCUUAAAACCACAUUGUGGUUCUAAUGUAAUGCCAUAGGUUCUCCAGUUACUUCUUUUCUGGUCACACCAUUCACAAGAACUAAGAUAGAACUUUCUCCUUUCAUGGGAAAAAGUCAUCACAGAUUAAGUUGAGUCAGACUUGGUAAAUACAGUGGAACCCCAUUAAUAUAGUCACCAAUGGGCCAUGAAAAGUUGGCCAUAUCAACAGGGUCACCGGAUUAACGGAUCAAUCCUCAUGAUUGGUCUAAAUUGAGUGACUCUUAACAGAUAUAUCAAGACUUUAAUAAUUAGCAUCCAGAGUGCAGAUAUAACUUUAGAAAAAUUGAAACUUCAAUCAAUUCAUACAAUAUUAACAAAGGAAAAAUGAACAAUUUAUUGAACAUUACUGGUUGGAGUGGCCAUAUAAAUGGGGUAAAAUUAUAAAGGAUUAUCCGGGUUGGUAUUUCAAAAUGUAGCUGCUGACCGUACUAAAGGUUUGGCCCCAUUGAUUGAGUUUUCUUAUAAGAGAAUGUAUGGGUGUUUUGCGGGGACAUAAUUAAGUGACUAAUAUUUAAUGAGGUGACCAUAUUAAGGGGGUGACCGUAAAGCGGGGUUCCACUGUAGCUGACUUUUAUAUCAUACUAUUUGUUACAUACAGUGCUGUAUGCACAUGUAUAUCACUUUGUUUUUUACCAAAUGAAUAUGACGAGAAUUAGGAAAAGGUUUCCUUGUAGAGUUCAUAGAAGGUAUCAAACUGGUUUGGUCAAGUUAUCAGUUAUUCCUUUAUGUUAAACACUAUUUAUUCACUGCUUUUCAAGUUUUGGAAACUUGUUUUCUUUAGGGUUAUCCAAUGUGAACUAUUUACUUUUAACAAUAUUAGAUAAAAGGAAGUUAGGCUGAGUUUUAAAGCUGUCCGUUAUUGUUUAUAUUCCAACCCUCAAAUUACUAACUUCCUACUAAAGUGAUUGAACUGUCA